AUGGUUGCGUCUGGCUCAGCUCUCUGGGAUACAGCCACGGGAGUUUUGCUGAAGGUUCUAGAGCAAAUUGGACGGGGAUCAAAGGUCGCGUUUUCUUUGGAUGGGAUGUCUGUGAUGUGUUUAUCUUUGAAGGGUCACGUACGAAUUUGGGAUGCCUUUUCGGGGCGGCUGAUCAGGGAAGUGAGAAGUUCUGUUGAGGAUCACCGGGGCCAGUGUCUCAGUCUCUUUUCACCCGACAAGGCUUACACCGUUUCGUAUACAACAACACUUGAGAUUCUUGACAUUGAAAAGGGAACGCUUGUGAAGGCAUUCGAAACACACGCCGGUAGGGUUUCGUAUAUAGUCUUCUCGCCCAACAGUGAGCUUCUAGCAACUACUUGCGAAGGAGACAUACGAGUUUGGGAGGUUGCCACUGGUAAUAUGCGGCAUGACCUGAGAAUUGAUGAUGGAUCGCAAACAACUUUCGAGUGCACGGAAUUCUGCCAGAGGACUGAAGUGAUCGGAGCUGUAUCUCGUGAGAAUAUCUUCAUUUGGAGCGUGGCUACCGGAGAACUACUCAAACGGUUUUCUGGAGGCCUGGAUAGCAUGAUGUGUAUUACAUUUUCGCCAAUCAGCAAUUGGUUGGUUAUCACUGGGGUUCUUGAUACUAACUCUAUCGUCCAAAUUUGGAAUUCGCGUUCUAGUGAAGUCCUCAGAACAAUUCAUACGGACGACUGUAAUCUCGUUAGGUUUUCCCCAGAUGGCAGGCUGUUCACAUUUGUUCCCAAGCCCUUGGGACCUAUCAGCAGACUUUUUUCAAAUAAGCCAGUCAAAGUGUGGAAUGCCACAACUGGACAAGUGGUCGCGACUUUCAGCAAUUAUAGCUCUCACCUAUGA